AUGGUGAUGCUUUUAUCGCAGGUUCCUCAAAAGGGCAUUCAUUCGAGAAAGGCAUGUCUUGGCAAGAUUGGGAAAACUCCUACACGGCAUUCAAAGCCUUUUUUUGAUGGUGGUGUCACCAUUCUUAGAUCCAUUGAUGAACUUCUUCCGCUUUGCCACAGAUUCGAUGGUUAUGUGACAUUCCAAGGUGCCCUCGUGUAUCCAGAGACAGUUGAAGCCUUGAAAAGGUUUAUGGACAAAUACGGAAGUUUGAUGGAAGCCACAGAUGUCACCUCCUCUUUCUCAAGGUGCACUGCCCUUCGAGCCCUUGGCCUAGUACUUCACGGGAUGGACACCAUGCAACUCCUUGAUAUUACGGAUCACAAACUACUCUAUUGGCGAGAUGCAAUAUGUGAGGCCGUGAUUCUGGGCUUUCGCGUGGAAUUUCUUCUCAAACUUGUGAAGAACUUAGCACGUGCCGUCUUUGGAGCAUGA